AUGCCACCAUCAUCUCGUCUAAUUAAUCCCUUUAUGGAUAAGCACGAGGUUCCAGUAAUUCGAUCACCGGAAAGGAGCAAUCCACCUCCUUCUUGGAGAUAUAACAAUCACAAUAAUAAUAUUAAUAAUAUUAGGGCCACUCCACCAAGACCAAGUGAUUUUGAUGAACAAGAUGAGGAUGCUGAUGAUUAUGAUGCGUAUAGUGAAGAAAAUAGUGAAGCAUCAUCAAUUAUAUAUUCCCAAAUCCAACAUCAACAACAAUCACCAUCUAAGGCCGCUUUAAGGUAUUCUCCCCAAAGAAAACAACAAUAUCAACGUUACGGUACACAAUCACCUUUUAUACCAAGGCAUCAAGCAACACAAAUGGAAAGCCCAAAACGUAAUGAGAGGGUGGUUAUUGAAAUCGAUUCGGAAAAUGAUGACGAAGAACGUAUGGCUCAUAAUAACGACAAUACCAUUAAUAGACUAAAUAACAAUAAGCAUAGUGCUGAGGCUAACGGUGUUUAUGAAUCUGAUUUUUAUGAUUUAUAUUCCAAUAACAAUAAUACCAAGAAUUCUCCAAACAAAACCAACAACCUACGCUUUUCUGAGAAUUAUACUAAUACUGGAAUAGGGCCACGUCCUGAUUUUGAUGAUGAUGAGAAUGAACAAGGCAGAGAUGACGAUGAAGAAAGUGAUUUUAAUAACAAGAGCGUGCCUGUAAAUGAACUAGAUGUUGAUAUUUCCAAUGUUGGUGGUCAUGGUACCAACUACGACAACGAAAAAAAGGAAAGCAUGGAUAGAUUAAGGACUGUUUCCACAAAAUCCUCGUUUACAACAUAUGCUAAAUCUCUGGAGGAUGACGACGGCUCGACCAUUUUCAGCGGUGACACCUUUGACAACACACGAUUUCCUGCCCAACAUCCUCAGCUGAAAUAUGUCAGAAGGGGCAAUUCAACGGUACGUCCAAAACCACCCAAGAAAAAGGCCACCAAGAUUUUAACUUUGGAUAAUCCAAUUCCAAAAGGUAUUUUGGAGGUGUUACCCAGGAGGAAUUCACCUGAGUUUACGGAGAUGCGGUAUACUGCAUGUACUGCUGAUCCGAAUGAUUGUGUAGAGGAAGGGUACAGUCUAAGAUUUGCUGAUAUGAACAGGGAAUGCCAAAUAGCUGUUUGCAUUACGAUGUAUAAUGAAGAUAAGUAUUGUUUGGCGAGAACUUUACAUUCAAUCAUGAGAAACGUUAGUUAUUUAUGUAAAAGGGAAAAAUCCAAAGUUUGGGGUCCAAAUGGCUGGAAAAAAGUUCAAGUGAUUAUCAUUAGUGACGGUAGAGCUAAGAUUAAUAAGGGGUCAUUGGACUACUUAACUUCCUUGGGGAUUUAUCAAGAGGAUAUGGCAAAGAGUACAGUUAAUGGACAAGCAGUCAAAGCACAUAUUUUUGAAUUGACGUCUCAAAUUUCUAUUGAUGAUGAGUUAAACUAUAUCAGCAAAGAUCUAGUUCCAGUCCAAAUUGUGUUUUGUUUGAAAGAGGAAAACCAGAAAAAAAUUAAUUCACAUCGUUGGUUGUUUAACGCAUUUUGUCCAAUAUUGGACUCUACCGUCGUUGCUCUGGUUGAUGUUGGUACUAGGCUGAAUGACUCUGCUUUAUACCACAUGUGGAAAGCGUUUGAUAUGGAUUCUAAUGUUGCCGGUGUUGCUGGUCAAAUCAAAACAAUGAAGGGUAAAUAUGGCUUGAAGUUGUUAAACCCACUAGUUGCCUCCCAAAAUUUUGAGUACAAAAUGUCAAAUAUAUUGGACAAACCACUGGAAUCUGUUUUCGGUUACAUUUCAGUUUUGCCUGGGGCUCUUUCUGCUUACCGAUACAGAGCCUUGAAAAACCAUCCGGAUGGCACCGGUCCCUUACAUUCUUAUUUCCUGGGUGAAAACCAAGAAAAUGCGAAUCGUGAUGUUUUCACCGCAAAUAUGUAUCUAGCAGAAGAUAGAAUUUUGUGUUGGGAGUUAGUUGCCAAGAGAGAUGCCAAAUGGAUCUUAAAAUAUGUCAAAGAGGCCACCGGCGAGACUGAUGUCCCCGAAGAGCCACCUGAAUUUAUUUCGCAAAGAAGGAGAUGGUUGAAUGGUGCAAUGUUUGCUGCUUUAUAUGCCCAAUUACAUUUUUAUCAAAUUUGGAAAACCAAGCAUUCAUUUAUUAGAAAGUUUUUUUUCCACCUUGAAUUUUUUUAUCAAUUGGUCCAAUUUUUAUUUUCAUGGUUUUCCAUUGCUAAUUUCUUUUUGACGUUUUACUAUUUAGCUGGUUCGAUGAAUGUCAUCAUUAAGCAUGGUAUAGUUCUUUUCACAUUUUUCAAGUAUCUGUUGAUUUGUACUAUUUGUGCUUUGUUCAUUAUAUCUAUGGGUAAUAGACCACAAGGUGCCAAUCACUUAUUUAUAAGCUCCAUGGUAAUCUUAAGUAUAUGUUCUACAUAUGCUUUGAUUACCGGUUUGGUUUUCUCUUUUAAAACGUUGAAAGCCACUGAUACUUCGUAUCACGUUUUCUUGGAUGUUGUUGUAUCAUUAUUGUCUACCUAUGGAUUAUACGCCUUUACUUCGAUUAUGUAUUUAGAUCCAUGGCAUAUCAUUACUUCGAUUGUGCAAUACUUGUUAAUGUUACCAACUUUUGUUUGCACUUUACAAAUUUUUGCCUUUUGUAAUACACAUGAUGUUUCCUGGGGUACCAAAGGCUCUACCAAGGAACAAAAACCUAAAAGUGAGGCCGUUGUUAAAGAGGGGCCAGAUGGACAAACUGUUAUUACGGGUACUGAGUGGCCACAAGACAUUGAUAAAAAAUAUAUUGAAAUUAGAAACAGAUUGAAGGAAAAUGAGGUUGUUAAAAAGAAAACUGACCCGGUGGAGAAAAAUAACGAUUAUUAUAGAGAUGUUAGAACAAGAAUCGUGAUGUUAUGGAUGUUGUCUAAUUUAGUUAUGUGUAUGAUUGUUACACAGGUGUAUGCUGCAGAUGAGAUCUCCAAUAACAAAUAUUUGGCAUUUGUGUUGUGGAGUGUUGCUGCUUUGGCAUUAUUUAGAUCUUUCUUUUCUAUGACCUUUUUAUUUUUACAAUAUCUACGGAUGAUCAUCAGUUAUAAGCACAAAUUGGAAAGAAAUGGUUCAUGGAGGAUACCAAAAUUAUCAUUAUCUAACCCUUUCAAGGGUAAACAGUAA